GUAGUCGCGCGGGAACGUCCCAAGACAACGAUACUAUAUUACUUAACGCGGCCUCCACACGGUGAGUCAGAUUCCCUUUUCAUUUCACCCAUAAUUUAACUUCCGUAUCUUCGUCGUCAUCAUAAUCAAUGGCUUCUCAAAACCCUAAUUACAAUCCCUCUUCACGCACCCCAAUGUACCCCCAAAUCGACCCCAACCCUAACCCUAACUCCAAAACAUCCCCCUCCUCAUCGUCUUCGUUGUAUCCUUCUCUUGAUAUGAAAGAUCUCGUCGAGAAUCUCUUUCCCGACGAUCUCAAUUCGCCCUCGGCCCCACCGGUUUCUCAUGAGGACACUCUCAUCUCCAUUCCCGGCGCCAUUCUCCACUUGAUCGACCAGCAAUACAGCGUCGAACUGGCUUCGGGAUAUUUUUCGAUUGUCAAGCUUACUCAGGGAGAGCAUGUUGUCGCGGUGAUUGCGAGAGUGAGUGAUGAGAUUCAGUGGCCUUUGAUUAAAGAUGAGGCGGCGGUUAAGCUUGAUGAGGCUCAUUACUUUUUUUCGUUCCGGCCUCCGAGUGAGAAUGAGGGGGAGGGGCCGAGUGAUUUGUUGAAUUAUGGGUUGACGUUUGCGGCGAGAGGGCAGGAGGGGUUGUUGAGGGAGUUGGAUGGGGUUUUGGAGAGGUAUAGUAGCUUUUCGGUGCAGAAGGUGGAGAAGAGGGAGGUUUUGGAUGGUAAAGUGGCCAAAGAGAUGGCGCCUUCGGAUUUCAAGUCGGAGAAGAAGAAGAAGGUUAUGGAGAAGAAUUGUCAGGCGUAUUGGACUACACUGGCGCCCAAUGUGGAGGAUUAUAGUAGUAGUGCGGCCAAGUUGAUUGCUGCGGGGUCGGGGCAUUUGAUUAAGGGGAUUUUGUGGUGUGGUGAUGUUACUGUCGACAGGUUGAAGUGGGGGAAUGAGGUUUUGAGUAAGAGGAUGGGUCCUGGUACUGAGGCGGAGAUUAGUCCUGAAACUUUGAAGAGAAUUAAAAGGGUGAAAAGGGUGACAAAAAUGACCGAAAAAGUAGCACUUGGAGUCCUCUCUGGGACUGUCAAGGUUUCUGGAUUCUUCACAAGUUCCGUUGCAAACUCUAAAUUGGGGAAGAAGUUAUUUGGUCUCUUGCCGGGACAAAUUGUUCUUGCUUCAUUAGAUGGAUUUAACAAGGUCUGCGAUGCGGUUGAAGUAGCUGGGAAGAAUGUAAUGUCAACUUCAUCAACCGUUACCACUGGACUUGUGUCCCAAAAGUACGGGGAAGAAGCAAGAAAGGCAACUAAUGAGGGGCUUGAUGCUGCAGGACAUGCAAUCGGAACUGCAUGGGCUGUCUUCAAAGUUAGAAAGGCACUCAAUCCAAAAAGUGUCAUAAAACCUUCUGCCCUGGCCAAGUCUGCUGCUAAAACUGCCGCAGAAAUGAAGGCCAAGAGUUCCAAGUGACAGAUAAUGUGCAUAGGACAAUUAGAAGAACAAUUUCUAAGUAUUCAUGUUGAUAUAUUUUGUCACUCUCCCGUAUCAUUUAAGAAAAAUGGGUUGUGUAUGCUUUUGCCCAAGGAUGAAGUGGCUGCAGAAUAUACCCCUCCAUGAUAGUGAUAUACUUAUCAGAUGUACUGUAGGUGACUGGAUAUUGAUUACACAUUAUAAACCUGUUCCAGAGACAGCUGUUUACAUUAUAUCAUUUGUAAUUAAUCACCCACAGUCUGUGUUUUUAGA